GCUCUCCCUCCGAUCUGCCAGUCUGGGGAGGCAAGACGAGGCUCUCAGCUCUGCUCACCUCGACUCUCCGGUGCUCCUCUUUUGUUGUUUAUGGUCGCCUGCCUCCUCAUCUUUAGCCCUAAAUCAUCUGCAUAAAACAGGACAAAGGAGAAGAGGAUUUCCUCCUCUGUCUCCACUCUCCUCUCGCUGCUCUGGGCCCUGAAAGAUUACCUCUCUAUCCUGCCCUUCAUCUUUUAAACCCACUGUCUUUCCCCCCUCUUUUUCCCCCUUUCUUCCUCGUUCCUCUCUGCGCCUCGCCGUGGAACUUUAAGUUAACAAACCUGCCACCCUCUGGAGUCCUUGCAGAUGUCCGCAGCCUGGCGCUGAAGCGGGCGCUUGCCAGCAGCCCAGAUGCAUUCGCGACUCCUUGUGAUGUCCUUGAUAUGUGAGGUGAUCAGGAUGGGGUCCGGCGUCGUGCAGAAGCAAAGCGCUCACAGAGAGGCAUCGGAGGACUGUCGGAGCUGUCUGGAGUGUUCCCGCGACAACGGCUGCGUUCGUUGCCCCGAAAGACUCUUCCUGUUCCUGCAGAGGGAUGGGAUGUCACACCAUGGAACCUGCCUUCACGCCUGCCCAGCUGGACACUACGGCCAAAGAGGGAAGGACAUCAACCGUUGCAUGAAGUGCCGCUCCGUGGACUGCGAUCACUGCUUCAGCCGAGACUUCUGCACCAAAUGUAAACCCGGUUUCCAGUUACACAAAGGCAAAUGUCUGAGCCGCUGCCCAGAGGGAACCUUCGCCCACCAGUCAGACUGCCUCGAGGACUGUCUGUUGGCUCCGCUGGGAGAAUGGAGCGAGUGGAGCGUCUGCCUCCGUGAUGGCGCCACCUGUGGGUUCAGGUGGGGAAAGCAGACCAGGACCAGGGGGGGCAGCCAGAGAACGCCUGAGGAGAAACCGGCAUCGAUCUGCCCAAACCACAGUGAGACACAAAGGUGCCGGAUGAAGAAAAAGUGUCCCACAGAAAGAAGAAAGAAUAAAAAAGGAGGGCUUGGAAGAAAAAGGGAAAGAAAACGACUACGGCUGCUCACCAGCGACAACGCUGGAAGCUCAGCGAACGGAACAACAAACGCCAAGCACCAAGAGCCCUGAAGAAGGGACAGACUAACUACCAAACACCUAAAAGAAACAGAAAUCUGUGACCAAAUUAUUAAUACCAACUAACCCCAAACUUCAGUAAAAGCACACUGCUGGUCAACACAACCUUCUUUACUGGAAACUUCGUAAACAUUAUGAGUAAGAAAUUCCUCUGCUGACUGACUGACGAAUGUAACCGAUGAGUCAAAAGUUCCCACCAAAGAGUGUCACUAACUUGGUGUUAGCCAAUAAUUAAAUCUCCCUUCAUUAGGCCUCAAUGGAUGCUGCAAAUUUCAGGUUUGAGUGUUUAAUAGAAGUUGAAUUAAAUCAAAAAUGCGGCCAACAUUUCUGUUCCGUUCACAGAUCUCAUCCUGUUCGAUUUUCUCACCUACAACUUGCUCAGUUCCAGUGUUGAAGCAGCAAUGACAUUUAUAGUUCCUCAGUCUGCUUUUUGAAAAGAUGAGCAUGAAUUAGUCAUCUUGGGAGUCAUAGAUUGGGGUCGAAAAACAAUAACAAAACUACAAAACUUUUUGGAAAAUGUCUUGACAUUAAGGAAAGACGUGAUGGAGAAUUUAUAAGUGCAGAUGAGAAGACAAAAAGAAUUCGACAAACAUUUUUAUCUCCUUUUCUUUCAUCGAGGUUGGCUCAGUGUAUGAUGCUAAAUGCCAACAAACACAAGAAAGGAAGCACUGAAUGAAGCAUCUUUUCUCCAUAUUUAAAGCAGGGAUGCACAUUUUAGAUUCAAACAGUUUUAUUAACUGAUAGCCGGCCGUGUUAUCAAUCAGUUAGUAAUGGAUAAUUUUGAUACCUGUUGCUAGCCAAAGUCCCACAAUGCUCUCUGUUUGCCAACAUAGACGGUAUGACAUAUCCUCAGCAGAGGAAGCUGUAGUUUCAGGACCACAUGUCAAGGACCCUUGUAUGCUGCAACAGCGCCACUUACCAACCUGGAUGACUACUGAAGUGCACGACUUGCAGUUUAAAAGGUUUACGCCAACCAAAAUAUAAUGUUUUUCAAAGGUUUGUUUGACCCAAGAUUCAAUUUUUAAAAUGUUGUUCCACUCAAAUAGUCCUUUCCAACAAACAGGCUGUAGUUUUAAAAGUUUAUUGUACAGUACUAUCUUACUAACAAGAUAUAAUUUUAAACAUUUAUUGCACCAAAAAUUCUUCUGCUAUGGUUUUUUAAAGGUUUAUUCCACCUAAAAAUACCAUUUUCUUUCCACGUGCUUGAAGCUUUAAAGGGUUAUUCCACCCAAAUAUUACUUUUUAACAAAACAAGUUCUGGUUUUAGUGGUUUAUUUUACCCAAAAUAUUACUUUCUGUCCAAGUACUUAAAGGUUUUAAAGGUUUAUUCCACCUGUAGGCUGCUGGCUCUCUCCUUUGGAAUAAACAAAAGGUCACCAUUUUGUCUGGUCCAAAAAAGACCUGAUGAAAAACAAGGGUCCUACAACUGUGGUAAUGAAAAUGCAGCUUCCUCUACAUGCUACGUAACACAGAACGGCAUGUAGUCCGAGUGAUGCCUCGUCGAGUCAGUAACAUAAAACUAAUGUAAAGUAAAACUGCAAGAAAGGCUAAAUAUAAAACACAGAAAAGAAAAAGUCACAGCUUCUAAAUCAUUUAAUUAAACUAGGUGGCUGUUUUUGAAACUACAAAUGCUGAUUGUACACACAGUUGCUGCCUUUUGUGUUUCAUAAAAGUGUAUUUGUCAGUAAAAAAGAAGGAAUUCCCACACGGUCAGACCUGUUACCAGAGAGUUUAACUUCACACUUUGCAUUGUAUUGUAAUUGUAUUGUGUACAAGUCUAUUGUAAUCACAUUGAAUGUGAUUUAACAUUCAGAGUAUUUAGUUGACAUGUUUUCCCAAUAUAAACAUGCUGUAUAUAGGAAGAAGACAGAUGAGACGAUGUAUAGGUUAAAUGUUAAUAUUUUCUCUCUUAUUAUCAGGUGUAGCACGACUGAAGAUGUGAGAAUUCCUCUUUUUUUCCAGAACUGAUAAAAGGUUUUGUCUCAUUAAAUGGCUCGCUUCUGUCAGUUUUAUAUUUAUCAAUAUUUCGAUGACGAAAUGGGAUUUUAUUCCAAAACAUGAAUGUGUGUUUCAAUAAAUGUAUAUUUUGACCUCA